AUGGAAAUGAACGAGAAAAAUAGUAAAGUUAGCGAACCUUUAAACAUUUUAAUUCCCAACAGCAGAAUCGACUCAGAUAUUGAAAGUGAUGAGGAAGUAAUGUUACCAUCUGCUCAAAUUGCCUAUCCAGUAACGAACAAUUUAUUUGAUAAAACCUAUGAAGAAACACUUAAGUUUAAUACUCUAACGACUGUUCAAGCCGCAUACGAGAUAGCAGUAAGUGAUGAUGAAGAAGUAGAAAUUAGAGAUAAUGAGGCUCUUAAACUUCAAGCAGAUAUUGAGGAGGAGGUACAGAUUACUGACGAACAUAACACAGGAAGAAGUAAAGAAGCGCUAAAUUUUAAAUAG